AUGUCUUCGUCAAUCCUCCGUGGCACUGAGUAUUCCGACGAGGAACUUUCACGGCUGGAAAGGCUCGCCAUUGAUCUUGCCGGGGCCAUCAAACGGAUCCGUGCAAAGAAUCAGGGGACCAUAGCUGACCGCGAUGGAAACCCUCACCAAGAUGCCAUCCAGGCAGCCACUGGCGUCCAAAACCUGCUGCGCGGACCCCAAGAAAUUAUGCGUGACAGCUGGUUGAUGCAAAUGUCGGUUGCCGCAAUGGUCGCCUUCGAGAAUUUCGAAGGCUUUCGACAGAUACCUUUAGAGGGUGAUAUCUCGUAUGCCGAAUUGGCCCAGAAGCUCGACGCAGAUGUAAAUUUGAUCCGUCGCAUCACAGGGCCUCUGGUGGCCAAUGAAUUCUUGAAACUAGUCGAUCGAGAUAGAAUCGCCCACACAACCAGGUCCAGAGCCUUUGUCGUCUUUGAUUUACCCCCGGGACAAAACAAUGUCUUUAACAAGUACUUGUACCCAGGAGCGCUGGCGAUGCCCUCCUACUUUUCCAAGUAUGGACGCAAGGAGCCGACCACCCGACACCAUACGCUCUUCACCUACGCACAAGGCCGACCCGAGUUAACCAUGUGGGAGUGUAUGCGUGAACAAGGCCCUGAAAAUAUCCAGAUGUUCAUGGACAACAUGGCGGUAUGGUCCGCAACCCAGCCAAAGUACGGGACGUACGAUUUUCGGUGGAUCGUCGACGUUGGACACAAACAGCCCGGGCGGCCGCUCCUUGUCGACGUUGGGGCUAGCAAGGGACACGUCACCCAGGCAAUCCUCCAAGCCACGCCCGGCUUGGAUGCCGGCCGCUGUGUGUUGCAAGAUCUGCCAGAGGUCAUCGACGAGCUAAAGAAGCUGGAUCCUAAGGAGCUGAGAGCGUCCCAGAAGAUUGCGAUUGACUUUCACAAGGAACAGCCAGUCAAAGGAGCAUUGAUAUACUUCAUCCGCACAUGCCUUCAUGAUUAUGGCGACGACGAAAGUGUCCAGAUAUUGCGCGUUAUUGUGGAUGCCAUGGCCGACGACAGCAGACUGCUAAUCUUGGAGCAGGUCCUGAAAACCCCUCCAAAGCUGUUCGGAGCAGUGAUGGACUUCAGCAUGAUGGUCGUCGGCGGCAAGGAGCGCAACGAGGAGCAGUGGGCCAAUCUCGCCGCAAGGUCGGGGCUAAGAAUUCUCAAGAUCCACCAAGAGAGCGAGGAUGCACUAAUUAGUGCUAUUGAGUGGCGCCCGCGCACUGAACUGGGCGCUAAUUUCUCCGCCCUCGGACAGCCCACCCGACCGCUGGGCGAUAAACAUUCAGAACAGAAUUUGUCGGACCAGGCUAAGGUUCUCUCAGAUCCUAUCGACCGUUGCUCUUCGUCGACUGGUACAGAGGAAGAUAUUUACUGCAAGGCAUCGACUGUGUAUAAUAUCAACCCGUUAGCCGCGUCGGAUCGCGCGGGUCUGUCGCCAACCGACUUCUACCAAUCACGGCUUCGUUCUCAGCUACAAAAUCGGCUCGACUGCAUCUGUAUCCACGCUCGAAGAAUUAACUACUAG